CUUCUAGAAAACCUUUAGAAAAGGAUAAAAUAAUGGAAAUGAAUAGAAGGACUUAAAUAUUAGAAUUUUCGGUUUCUUUUUAUUCCGUGAAACUGAGGAAGUGUAUUAUAUUGUUAAAUACUGAAAUCAGUUUCCUUCGUGGAUUUUAUUUUUCUUCUCUGACACGGAACUGUUUAUACAAAGAUUAUCUCUCUUUACGGUGUUUGGUGUUUGAGGAACUUCAGUUUUGGCUUGGCUGGUGCAGCAUGUAUAAAGACGGUGAACCUUUUUACGCAUCUUGACAAUUUCAGAGCUGUCGGGACACCCAUAAACCCACGGAGCUACCAUGUUUGAAUUAUUUUUACACUUGCGUAUUUUGCAAGUUUUCUUCCCUAGCUUUUACCGUCUAAAAACGUUGUGUUUUCUUUCGACGCGCUCGUGUCCUUGCGCAUCUCCAAGCGCGUAAUCUGCAAGUGCGCUCUGUCUCUCUCUUUUCUUUUUUUUUUCUCUUUUUUAUUUUUUAUUUUUUAUUUUUUUGGACUUGAAUCGGAGAAGAUAAAGCACAGAGCCUUUUUGUGUAGUUUUGGUGACUUAUCAUCGUAUUUAAAAGCUGUUUGACUUAUGCUGUGGUUUUCCAAAGGAAGUACAUGAAGGAUGUCCUUUUUUGAUGUAAAGACUCAUAGCCAUUUUACUUUAAAUGAUUUUCUAAAAGAAAGAAUGUUUUUGAAAGGAUUACGCUAGAAUUAAGUUUACAUCAAAGACUGCUUUGCACUUCUCUGUCAAGUCUGGAACUUAAAUAUGGCCGUGACACCACCUUCAGAUGUGCCGUGUACGUUGGGAGCGGGAAAAAAUCUUAGUUCUGAGGUUAAAGCAUUCAGUUCCAUUUCUCCUUAUUCCCUCGAAGCCACAGCUGUGUUUGCCACCGCAAUGACGCUCAUCAUGCUCUUCACCAUCUUUGGGAACAUCAUGGUGAUCAUCGCUGUCUUGACGUGCCGCUCUUUGCGAGGACCUCAGAACCUGUUCCUGGUGUCGCUGGCUGCGGCGGACAUCCUGGUGGCCACAUUGAUCAUCCCGUUCUCUUUGGCCAAUGAGCUGAUGGGCUACUGGUACUUUGAGUGGUUUUGGUGUGAAAUCAUCUUGGCGCUAGAUGUACUGUUCUGCACAUCUUCCAUCAUACACCUGUGCGCCAUCAGCUUGGACCGCUACCUGUCCAUCUCCCGGCCAGUGCAGUAUGCAACCCAGCGCACCCCUCGAAAGAUCAAGGGGGCCAUAUUGGUGGUGUGGCUCAUCUCCGCCGUCAUCUCCUUUCCGCCACUGGUGUCCAUGAAUAAGACUCAUAAGGAUAGAGGCUGCCCAGAGUGCAAACUCAACAAUGACGCCUGGUACAUCCUGUACUCCUCCAUCGGGUCGUUCUUCGCUCCGUGCCUCAUCAUGAUCCUGGUGUACGUUCGCAUCUAUCAGAUUGCGAAGAAGCACACCAGAUGUCCUCCGGGAGAGCCGAGGAAGGAUGGCGCAGGUGGCGUCCCGCAGGGACGGGAGCUGCAGAACGGGAAAAACCAGGGAGAUGUUGACACUCCGAAUGUUCCCAAUCCAGCUUCAUCCAGAUCUGAUGGCAUAAACCAGCCACAACCACCAGUAGAAAGUCGGCAGCAGAUGAAACGCUCAAGGAGGUGCAAGGACGAUAAUGAGGACAGUUCGAGCUCUGGCUCCGAUGUCGAGAUAGCUGGGGGACAUAAUGCCAACGGGACAACCUCCAAUGUAGGGGCGCUGGCACCUGGCCAUCACACUGCCUCACCAACACAAACCUACCAAAAUGUUAUCUUAACAUCAAAGGGCAGCCAGCUGGACUCUUCCAAAAUGAAACCAGCAGGAACACCGAACACCAGAAGGAAAGCUAUGAUUGUUCGCGAGAAGCGUUUCACCUUCGUCCUGGCGGUCGUUAUUGGGGUUUUUGUCGUCUGCUGGUUCCCGUUCUUCUUCACCUACAGCCUGCAGGCCAUUUGUCCAGACGCUUGUAAGGUACCAGAGGCACUUUUUAAGUUCUUCUUCUGGAUUGGCUACUGCAACAGCGCCCUGAAUCCACUCAUCUACACCAUCUUUAAUAGAGACUUUCGUAAAGCCUUCAAAAAGAUCCUGUGUAAAAGGUGUAAAGACUGUUCUUUUUGAAGGCAGGCAACCCUGAAACUGUUUUAUACUGUAAAAUGUCAUUUGUUCCUUCUAAAGGUGAAGCUCACAAAAAUAUUUCACAACAAUGGCAAAUAAAGGCCUUUCAGCUCAGAUUCUUAUUAAUGUGUUUUUUGCAGGUUUUCAUUUUGAGACUUGUUAAUGAUAUUGGUAACAUACAAGGGUUUUAUUAUACAGUAUCUUAUUUAAAAAUGAAUUUCAUUUUGUGUGAUUUCUUCCUAUUAAUCUCAGUACUUUAAGUAUUUUUUUAAUAUAUAAAUGAAAAAAUUUGGAAUUGUUCUUACUCAGUUUCAUUGAAAUAAUACAAUCUCUGUGAGAUCUUUGCUACUGCCAACAGCAAAGAACAUUUGAUAGUUUGUUUUCCUUGCCAAAGAAAUUAGCCAAUUGCAGAUAAUUUUUCAUUUCAUCACUUUGCAUGUUCAGUAUUGCCUUUGCAAGAGCAUGUUUACUUUAUUCUUGUUCUUUAAUUGUCCUGUGAAAAAUACAUUGCAAGACCAUAAGAUACAGAAGAAAACAAAAUAUUUAAGCAAAAUAGAACUUAUUUCUAGUGAUUUUGGGGUGAGAAAUGACCUGGCCGUUUGACUGAAUCCUGAAAGUCAUGUGAUAUGUUUUUGAGAAUUACUCACUGGCUCUCUCUGUAUCCAUUUUCUUAAGCAUUAGAUAACUGUUAUGUCAUCAGCAGUUCCCUAACCUGAACUGAGCGUAUAUAUCGGCGCACAUUCCGUUCAUUUUUUGGUUUCAUCAGCUGAGGUGCCACAUCAAACAUGAGGAACUCUCACAAGAAUGUGCUGGUGUCUCUCCAGAGAAGCUCUGGCCUCCAGGAUGUUGCUUGUGACCUUUCCAGUGUACUUUCAAAGACAAUGCGGCUCUUUCUCAGAGACACCUCUGGCUUGGCUGCAUCGUGAGAUCAUAGAGCUGGAUAUGAGAAGAUUUCAGAGAGCUUCACCUCUCUGGGAAAGUGCCAGAGCUCUUAAAAGCCCAAGAGAGGAUUUACUCUCUGGGUCGAGAGAAAAUAAAGCAAAUGCAUUGGUGACUUCACCUAGUUUUAAAACUAAAUCCAAACACCCUCUGUUUAUAUUAAAAGCAUGGUUUUCACUGACAUUUUUUGCUGGUUUUCAGAUUUUAACCAAUUGAUUGAAAUGGAUUUCCUGGAUAGAGUCUGUUCGGUUUGUUAUUUGAUGGGUUCUGAUUGAAAGUAACGGCCAUUGUGUCUGCAGGCUGAUGCUUUGGGUUAUUAGAACAUCUCCCAGUGUUUUUUGUCUAAAGAAGAGAGCGGCAAUUAUGUAAAUUAAUUGUGCGUUUAUUAAUGCCUCUUGAUAAGACUUUUAUGCUGUCAUAAAAAGGUUUGUGCAUUAUAAUUUAGCUUCUAAAUGAUAUCGGUGACUGUGUGAGUGCAGAUAAGUGAAGCUAGGCAUGUACCAGCAUGUCUUUGACAAUAAAACUGCUUCUUCAAAUUUGGUUCCAUUAAGCGUCCUGCUGAAACAAGCUGCUGUUG